UGAUUGGCUAGUCCAGCAAGAGGCCUAUCCUGGUAUUUUCCAAACAAGUGCAUUCUUUACCAUGUACAUUAGACAGGGUUUAAAUGACUCUACUGAGAAGCACAUUUCAGUCCUCUAGCUGGAACACAAGGACAGCAGCAGAGGGGAUUAUACUGGUGCAUAUAAAAGCAACCAUUGAUAAAAUCCUUCGAAUGCACUUCACAGAUGGAAAGACAAAAUUGAACAACGAUGCAGCCAAGCUAACUGUUGAAUUUCUUCGAGUGUUUGCUCACGAGGGCGCUGCAAGGGCUGCAGAGCAGUCAGGCUCUGAAGGUUCAACAGUGGUUGAUUUACAUCAUAUGGAAAAGAUCUUGCCACAGUUGCUUUUGGAUUUCUGAGUAGUUCUUGCAGGAAGAUGACUCUUAAAAUGAUCUACAUGCAGCACAUUCAAAAUAUGGAACUAUUGAGAAGACAUUUACUGCUCUUUGCAUCGGGAAUAAAAUAGGCAUCAAGUGACUAGGAAAGCAAUGUACACAACAAUUGGUUCUAUGCGAACACAUGAAAAGGGAAUAUUCCUAGUCGGCUGAUUGCUGUAGGUUCAAAGACUUAAAUUUAGAAUACAAUUUUUAUGUUAUUUAUGAUCUGUUUUUUUUUUCUAUUAUAUUUAUAAGUAUGGGCCCACGUGUAGUAAUAUGCAUACUUUUUAUACAGUAUAUGUGAAUGUGUGUAAGCAUAAUUUGUGCGUGAAUACACAUGUAAUGCGUAGUGCAUAGAUUACAUGCUUUUCUUUUUAAUUUAGUUCUUGCUGUAUAUUUCUAAAUGUUGAAAUAAUGUCAUUUGGUCUCUAUAUGUAUACCGAUUUGAAAAUUUUGUUUACAAUGUGCUUAGGCGUUGACUUGCUUUGCUGAGCUUCGCGCUGAUGUCAUCGGAUCUUUAUCGGGCGGUGUGACUGUCUUCCCUGUCGAACAACACCCGACGACAGUGAGGACUAGUAUUUGGUUUGUUGCAUUGCCUGGCGGGGGUCUGGUGGCAUCAGUUCGUGGUGUGGCGAGGUGGGUGUCAUGGGGUCUUUGAGCUGAUGUCAUUGGGUGGUGCAGCUGGCUGGUGAUUAUGCCAUACUCUAUUUUCGGUAAAUUUUAUGUAUGGUAUUGGUGUUGAUAUUACGUGGAGCCUAUUUAAUAUAUUGUUCUACAGCAAAAUUGCAAAUUUUUUUUGUGAAUUUAAUUAAAAGUUGAUUUUACCAUCAAGUCCUUUAUAUUUCUUUUAAAAAAUAUAAGCUAUUAAAAUCAUGUUUUGAAAUAAAUGUUUCAAAACAUACAACUUGUGAAUAUGCAACAAUUGUAAGGUUAUUACUGUAUCAGAGUAUUUUUUUUUUCAAAUAAAUUAAUUUCCACCUAUA